AAACAAUAAGAUUAUAAUAAGGAAGAACAAGUUGGAGAGGAUCUCUCCUUAACUCUCGAUCCAAAAUCUGGUAUUUCCUCGUAACGCCAAACUCCUACCACAACGCAAUGCUCCAGUUGAGGACGGAGGAUUCAUAACCUUUUUUAUCGUUAAAAUGGACAUAUCAUCUUUAUUUUCGGGAGCUUUCACGUGUAUUAGAAUCAACAUGAUCAAGAUUCUGGUUGCUAUGGUAAUUAUUUCAUAUUUAGCGGUAAACUCUGAUGCCAAGCCGGUUAGAGAUGCGCAGGACGCCAAGAUGUAUUUAUUGAACUACGGUUACCUUAAACAAAGCGACAUGGCGAAAGGAGAACUGUCGACAGAAGAUGACAUGGUCAAAGCUUUAAAACAAUUCCAAUACAUGGCAAACAUUGAGGAAUCAGGGAAACUUGACAACGACACGAUUCGCAUGAUGACGAUGCCGCGAUGUGGAAUGCCGGACAUGGUUGGCACCGGCUCGCAUGAUGUUCGAAAGAAGAGGUUCACCCUCUCCCAGCUCAAGUGGCCUUAUACCGACCUCACGUACCGGAUCGAUGGGACCACGCCCGACCUCCCCGCCGCACUCGUCAACCAGAUCAUGGCCCAAGCUCUCAAGGCUUGGUCAGAUGUUUCUUCGUUGACCUUCGCUCAGGUGGCCGCCAAUCAGCCAGCCGACAUCCUGAUCGAUUUCUUCGAAGCCGAGCACGGUGACGGUAACCCUUUCGACGGACCUGGUGCUGUACUCGCCCAUGCUUACUUCCCGAACCCCAACCCCAUCGCCGGCGAUGCGCACUUCGAUGACGCCGAGACCUACACAGAUGGGACUCCACAAGGUAUAAACCUCUUUCAGGUAGCAGCGCAUGAGUUUGGCCAUAGUCUUGGGUUGGGCCACUCAACCAUCGAUGCGGCUUUGAUGGCGCCCUUUUACCAGGGCUACGUACCAGAUUUCGAACUCCAUCCCGACGAUGUAGCUGGUAUCCAGGCACAUUAUGGACCAAACACAAAUCAAGGCGGCGGCGAUGGUACUGAUGAAGGUCCGCCGACCCCUCCGGCCUCUGGGGACUGCAUCUCACAAUUCACUGCUACAACGCAGACCGCAGACGGCGGUUUCUAUCUUAUCAAUGCAACCCAUGCUUUCCGGAUCGGGCCGAACGGACUCGAAAACGGCUAUCCGAAGACAAUAGCAACCGAAUUCCCCGGAUUACCCGACAACAUCGAUGCAGGUCUGUACUUUCCGGAUAACAGCAAGACGUAUUUUUUUAAGGGCGGUGACUUUUAUCAGUUUUCUAGUCAGACGAUGGAUGAUGGGUAUCCGCAAGCCAUAGCUACGGCGUUCCCCGGGUUACCGGAUAACCUGGACUCGGCUUUCAUCUGGACCGGUAACGGAAGAGUUUACUUCACCAAAGAUGACCAAUACUACCGCUUCUCCCCUGGGGUUGGCGUGGACGACGGUUACCCACGACCCCUCUCGCUCUGGACCAACUUACCGCCGACGCUCGACGCCGCUAUGCAGCACGCCAACGGCUUCACCUAUUUCUUCUCCGGCGACUUCUAUUACCGCUUCAAUGACGACGAAUUCAAAGUUGACGCCGGUUACCCCCGCGUUACGUCGGUGGGUUGGCUUGGGUGCGCCGCGGCUAUUGGUAGCGGUAACGGCACUGCGUCGCCGCCCGACGGCGGUAAUAGCGGCGUAAGAUUGACGUCGGCGACAUUUUCUUCCUUACUCACACUUAUACUGAUAAUCUGCUCAUUGUGUCUUUAAAAUUUAUGUAUCCAUUUUUUAAAAUAAACAAUUAUUUUUUGCAUUUUUUUAAGUUAUACCCUUCUCCCCCAUUGGUUUUUCUAUUAUUAUUUAUCUAUCUAUUUAUUGGGGGUGUAAAAGCAUGGACGUGGUAUUCAGCAUGGAAGCUUUUCAUGUAUUGAUUUUAAGAGUGAUCUUCAGUGCUAAAAGUUAUAAGCUACGGAAAUCCUUGCAUUUGAUUGGCUGGGAGCAAAUUUGUCAGUGAAAAUCACUGAAAUGAUGCUGAAUGAAACGCCCUUUCGAGAAUUUCAAUAGCUAAAAUAAAAUAAAACACAUUGCCCUCAUAAGAAAAUCCAAAAAUAUUGCAUUUUCUUGUAUAAGUUACUAGUGAUUUUCAUUGAUUGGAGACUGUAAUUAUUUUAGCAAUUAUAUAAUUUUAUAUUUUUACCUGAAAUUUUAUUUUGUAUUGUGAAAUGAUUUUUUUUCAUUUUAUAAACCAAUUUAUUACAAUUUUCAGUUAACAUUUGAUGAUAAAUUCCUUUGAUAUCAGAUAUCUUAGUCUUCUUGUAAAAAAAAUGUAUUCCUGUUCCUAAUUUGAAGCAUAUUACACAAAAUCCAACUUAGGCCUAUGUAAAUUUUUGUAUUAUGAAAAUAAUAACGAAUCGAUCAUUGUAUUAUUUGCAAUAUUUCUCGAACAAUUGACGAUCGAGUUACUACCGCCUUGUUAAAGGACAAGUCCACCCCAACAAAAAGUUGAUUUGAAUAAAAAGAGAAAAAUCCAACAAACAUAACACUGAAAAUUUCAUCAAAAUCGGAUGAAAAAUAGCAAAGUUAUGAUACUUCAAAUUUUCGCUUAAUUUCACAAAACAGUUAUAUGCACAUCGUGGUCGGUAUGCAAAUGAGGGAACUGAUGACAUCACUCACUCACUAUUUCUUUUGUAUUUUAUUAUAUGAAAUAUGAAAAAUUUUGAUUUUCUCAUCAUUGUCAUGUGAAAUGAAGUGUCAUUCCUCCCUGAACACGUGGAAUUCCAUUAUUUUAACAUUUUGUGCUUCAGGCAAGGAGGUCCUAAUCAUCAAAUUCGUAAAAAUUGAAAUAUUGUAUAAUUCAAGCAAUAAAAAACAAAAGAAAUAAUGAGUGAGUGACAUCAUCGACUCUCUCAUUUGGAUGUAACUGGCUCGUUCAUUUAACUAUUUUGUUAAAAAUAAGCGAAUUAACUUUGAAACGUCAUAACUUUCUUAUUUUACAUCCGAUUUUGAUGAAAUUUUCAGCAUUGUGCUUGUCUGAUUUUUCUCUAUUGAUUCAAAUCAACAUUUUUCUGAGGUGGACUUGACCUUUAAUAACCUCAAACAACUGUUAGAAGAGCUGUAAUGAUAGGCCAACGUUAUUUCUUUUACAUGCUGGCAUGUGAAAGUUAGAAUGACUCAGUUUCAUCAUUUUUAAUUCAUUUUUCUAAGUUUGCAUUAAUGCUUUUGGAUCGCCAUUAUAAUUAUCUGACCAAGCACCUCAAAACCAACAAUCAGUCGCCAGUGAGUUCUCUGUAAAUAGCCGAAAUAGAAAUCUAGUCUUUAAAGUUCUCUGUACAUAGCCGAAAUAGUAAUCUAGUCUUUAAAAAGCCAAAAUUUGACCCCAAAAAUGUCAUAAUUUGAAGUUGUAAAGUUGAAUAAAAGACAAUAUUUAUUUAUCAUUUUUGUAGACUGCUUUGGAGUUUCACAGAGAUUGCAUAGUGUGCACGUCUCAGAGUGAAUCCAAAACUUCAAACCCUGUUUUUCUCGAUACCUUUUGAAGCUCUCACCGAAUUUCUUGUGAAUGUAAUCAAGCUAUUGUGAGGGUUAUUGUUGAUCAAUUUUGACAAGUUAUAUAUCAAAAGCUUAAGAUAUGCUUUUCCAAGGUCAAUGAAAAUCUUUAAAUUCGUUCAUGGAACUUGUUGAUUAUGGGGUGGCUGGUCCAAUAAAUUGUUACUCAUAUAUUUGUUAUCCGAUAAUCAUUUUCCUCUCUUUUUUUUCACAAAGUAAUAGAGCCCUGCAUGUCUUCAUCUAAAUCAAAGUUUUAAGAACUUCAAUAACAAAUUCAAUUUUAAUUAUGAUUUACAGAGUGACUAAGAAUUUAAGAGGCCUCGUCAAAAUCUACAUUAACGGCUUCGCAUCUGUUAUUUAUAUAUAUAUUUUUAAAUUAGGGGCGAUGGUACUGGGGGCCGGUGGGGUUUGCGUUUUUUUUCUGAAAUCGUGUAUAAAAAUGAAAAAGUUUCCAUUUGAUUGGGAUUUUUCGCAUGAUCACCCCCAUUCCUCCCCCCACCUUUAAAACCGUUUUGCGGCCCCUAUAUAUAUUUUGUGUGUGUUGGUGGAGGGUUUAUACACUGUUAAUAAAACCCUGAUUUUACAGGGGAAAAAAGAAGAUUUUGCAGAAAAAAAUCAGAAUCAUUCUGUAAAUUCAUAAAACAGGAAAUUUUCUGCAAUUUAAUAGAACAGGUCUGUUUAAAAAAGGGGAAAAGGGUGUUUAUUAAAGGAAAUUUGUAAGGUUCCAUACACCAAAUACCAAUUUCCUGUAAGAUUACGCAAUCUGGUAAGAUAAGGUGUUAUCGAGACUCUGCUGCAGGAACUUCUUUUAUUUUAAGGAUAAAUUUUCUAACAGUGUAUCUGCUUAUAUGACUCUUUUUUCAAGUUGAUUGUCCGUCAGAUAUGAUAUUAGUUGGAGAAUUGUUGAUGUUUAUGUAGCUUUAUAUAAGCCUCCAUGUGGAGGAAGAAGAAUAUAAAUAAAGACGAUAUUUUCGAUGACAUGGAAAUCAA